AUGCUCCCGCCCUUUUCCACCACCGGUGUGACUUGCCAGCACACAAAAGGCCCAUGUCUGCCUGCUGCCACUCGCCAUGGCCUCCACCCCACCCCUCCCCUCAGCUCCCGUACCAGCCCAGAGGUUCGGCCGUCGACCAGCCCACCCCACGGUGCCACUGCCCUGCCUGUCCAGCCGCUCUUGCCUUACCACCCUGUCGGAUAA